AUGUCGCAAUCAAGCUCCGCUUCGGCGGGUGACAUGCUGCAAACCCGACAUAAGGCAAACAUCGCCAAAUCGCACAACGAAACUGCCAUUAACGGCGCAAACAGGUCCUAUGGACUGGAUGGUGCCCGUGAUGACUACCGCCCAUUGAGCCGCUCUCCUUCGCCAUACCGCCGCAAGCGCACACCUUCAAGGUCUCCAUCGCCAUACCGCCGAAACCGCAACGCUGACCGUUCGCCUUCGCCCUACCGACGACCCCGAGCAGAGCCUGCUGGAAGUAGUUCAAGGGGCUAUAAGCGCAAGGCGUCCCCGCCGCGCGGUCACCCCGACAAGCGCUAUCAUGCUGAUCGUGGUAGAUACGGUGAUUCAUGUAGGGGUGCUGGACCUUCGGGCCCGCCUCCAGGAGGUUUUGUAAAGGAGAGCAACGAGGUCACUGACCGAUCACGUGCAAAGCCCAUUUCGUACGCUGAGGUGGAGAACCCGAACCCGGUGCCUGACUUUAGGAACGCUCAGCCUACAGAAAACCGGCGCCAGAACCAGCGCUACGGUCAACAGCAGCAGUACGAGAAGAAUGACAAGAAUCAGAAGUCACUCCGGCCGUUUGAGAAGCAGCAGCAAAAGGCAACCCCCAAUGGCACAAAAGCACCCGUACCACAGCCGAAAGCGAGCGAGGAUGUUGAGAUGAAAUCCGUCGAGGAUACCAUUGAUUACACCCUAGCCCCUGUCGAAGAAAAGGUGCCUACCGAAGAAUCGCGUGAGGAGAAGCGUCGUCGCUGGGCCGCUAUACGUGCAGCUGCUGAACAGAAGCCCAAGGAGAACCUGCUCCAACAGGCUGUCCUCACUAAUGCCUCAGAAGCGAACACCUCUAACGUUGCAUCACCACCACCUUUUGCAGACAGUCCCAUCUCGCCAUUCGCCUCGCCUCGCAAUGGCGACAUUGAUUCCGUGCCCGCAUCUCCAGAUGUCAUGGUCAUUGACAAGCAAGGUGGAUACAGUGCGGGCACCAGUCCUGCUGCAGCAAGCCCAUCGGCGGCCGACUACGAUCCAUUGCAGGAUAUGCUAGACGACCGCGAUCGCGCAGCCAAGAAGAAUCAGAAGCCUGAGCUGUCAUCAGCUGCGUACAACGAGACCGACCCGAAAGCACUCUCCACUCUACCGGCCGAGAAGGUGGCACCUGUCAAGAAGCAGAAAAAGGAGUUUGACAUGUUCGCCUCAGAUGAUGAGGAAGAGGAGGAAGACGUCGAGGCUGAGACCAGUGUCGCCGCGAAAGGAACUGUGCUCGAUGAGAAGCUGCUGGACAAUUGGGACGACCCCGAGGGCUACUACAAGCUUAUUAGCAAUGAGCUGGUAGAUUGUGGUCGGUACCGUAUGAUCAAAGGCCUUGGCCGUGGUGUCUUUGCCAACGUCGCACAAGCCGAAGAGAUCAACGGGGAUGCCAAUCCGAGGAUCGUUGCUAUCAAGAUGAUUCGCCGUAACGACCUAAUGAGGAGGGCUAGUCAAAAGGAAAUGGACUUCUUGCGCAAGGUCAACGAGGCAGACCCGCAGGACAAGCGCCACAUUAUCCGUCUGUUAGGCUCAUUCGACCACAAGGGCCAUCUGUGUAUUGUGUUCGAGCACAUGUCAAAGAAUUUGCGAGACCUGCUCAAAGAGGAAACUAAUGGCCACGGUCUUACGCUUUCUGCCGUUCGCAUCUAUGCCCGCCAGAUGUUUCUCGGUCUCCAGCAUCUACAAGAUUGCCAAGUCAUUCAUCUCGACUUGAAGCCUGACAACGUUCUAGUCUCGGCUGAUAAGAAGACGAUUAAGCUUGCUGAUUUCGGUACCGCCGUCGACAAGCGAGAUAUCAUUGAACGCACCGAGUAUCUCGUCAGUCGCUUCUACCGCGCGCCUGAGAUUAUCCUUGGUAUGGAAGUCGGCUACCCUGUUGACAUGUGGGCUGUUGGCUGCACUGUCUACGAGCUUUGGACCGGCAAAAUUCUCUUCACCGGUCGUUCCAACAACCAGAUGAUCAAGUCUUUCAUGGACUGCUUGGGAUGGCCCAGCGAGAAGUUGCUGAAGAAGGGUCUCGUCAACAACAUUCUUGACAACUUCGAACUUGGUCCGCCACUCAAGUUCAUCAGCCGUGAGAUCGACCAGUUCAACAAGCUCUCUGUUCGUAAGAUUGAACAGCAGAAGAAGAUCAAUCGCGACAUGAAGACACGUGUUCAUGAAGCUGCCCGAAACAUCUCCAACGGAGGACCUACUGUCGGUGAAUUGAACGAUCUAGCCGAUCUAUUGAGUGCAAGCCUGCACAUGAACGUCGAGAAGCGCAUCUCACCCAAGGAAGCUCUCGCCCACAAGUUCUUUGCCGCCAAGAGCACUGCGCCAAAGGCCUCGACUUUCAAAUCUGCCAUCGUCAAGCCACCUAUGAUGAAGCGCGGUACGCCAGCCGGUACAUCAGGUCCUUUUCGUCGGUAA